AUGUCGCGGCCACAGACUCCUCCGCAUGAGCCGAGGUACAACGUUCACGUUGCACCCAGAACGAUAGAAAAGCUCAUCGACAAUGCAUUCCCCGGGGUUGAGUUAAUAUCGCAUUCCGAACUCGAAAUAAACAAAGGCUAUAACAAUCGGCUAUACUUUGUCAAAGUUCGGCGUAAAUGGCAGAGCUCAAUUUUCCGCGACACGGAUGCCACGGAGAGGGAGCUUGUCCUCAAGGCCAACGGGCAGUUCUUCUUGGCCGACAAGGUUCAGAAUGAAGUUGGCUGUCUCCAAAUUGUAGGGCAGUAUUGCCCGGGAAUCCCAACACCGACUGUGUUUGCUUGGUCAGAGGAUGGCGUUACUGUUAGUCUGUCGAAUCCAUGCGGCUUGGAGAAGAAAGACGUCAUUCUUUCAAUUCCAGAGAAUGAAAAAAAUCAUGGAGGAUGGAUCUUAAUGUCACGACUUCCCGGAACACCCUUGCCAGCUUGCGACCUCGACGAAGCAGCAAGAUUGGAUAUCAUGAGGCAGCUUGCGGGCAUGGCCGCGAGCUGGAGGACUAGUAUUCCUGCCCAAAGGUAUCUCGGCAACAUACAGUUUCAUCAGGAACUGCACGCGUCUGAGCCAGAUUUCUCCAUUGUGCCCAACUCUGGCCCUCAGCCACAUCAUCUCGUGGUUCGAGGCAUCCUGGUUGAUGAGCUGCGAAUCGCAACACCCAUCAGCAGCGUCACGCAACAGUAUACCCUCAAGCUUGAGAAGAAGCUCGAGCAACUUGAAAGCUCCCAAAACUAUGCUCGAAAUCGGCACCUCGCUCCCGAGAUACAAAGAUUCAUCAAAGAUACACUGCCACAACUUCACACUCUGACCCCCCCACACAAGCACACAUUAGGCGAAUUCGUAUUUACACACUAUGAUUUGUCACCGAGAAAUAUACUCGUGACCGGCUCGCCUCCCCAGGUUUCGGGAAUAGUCGACUUUGAGUUUGCGGGCUUCUUCGCACCCGUGGAGGAGUUUCUCAACGACGCUGUCGGCAACGAGGGCGACUGGCCCGACACCCUGUACAACGAGUACUUGGCGGAAUUGGAGGCCAAAGGCAUAGAUACUCCAGCAGCGGGGAUAAGCGCAUCGGUUUGGGAGACGGCUCGUUGCCUUGAGCGUGUCGCGGACAAUAUUGCACCGUGGUGGCUACCAGGUCCGUACACUGGUGCCGCAUUGGAGGAGCAAUUUGUAAAGAGCGCGGCAGAGCUGCAGGAAAAUCUACAGAAACUCUCGUUGGCAGUAGAAAGAAAUUGA